GAACCAACCGGUACGUCAUGGGCACCGCCCGACUGUUUCUACUCCGGGUAGAAGAACGAGCCAGCAACCCAUUGGAUUUCAAUGCACUGUCUUGGAUUUUGACUUACGAGCGAGUUGUUCUGGCCAACAUGUUGGAUCAAUAGUGGAGAUGCGAUACCUCCUUGAUAGUACGGGUAUCAGUAGAAGUACGGCGGUUCGUAUCGCACUGCGCUACGGUAGACGGCGGAACGUGGGAGUGAGAGAGUGAGUCGCCAAUAAAACAGAAGUCGAAGCCGAGUCUGGUCGAUGGCAAUCACGACGAAGACACAAAACCAGUUUUUACUGUUCCUUCGCCAGGCGGAGAGAAAAUACAAAAUACCGGACCGUACUACAGUACGAAAUUCCUGUACGUACAAUUGUACGUACCUCACUACCAUCAAGCAGCAGGGUGUACCGAUGCCGAUUGCAGGGAUCUGCCGUUUUGAUUGAAGAAGGUUUUCAUUCUGGGUACGAGUAAAUUGUAGAGAUUCCAUGGCGUUAUGCCGGUACGAGUACUUACGUAGGUACCGAUGCAGUAGAAAAUGAACGGUGCUUUUUUGAUUGGAUCAAUCGAAUAAAACUACUGUACGAGAUACGUACGUACGAGGACUACCCGUACGGUACUGUACGAUGUUUUAUGAUCCCGAUUGAUGGCAUCGGAAUUGACUCCACUGAUUACAUCGAUCGAAUGAGUCAAUUUCCGUUGCGGUACGAGAUUCGAUUUUGAAUUUUUUCUUCGAUCAAACCUACCGGUCGGUACGGGUACGUACCCUACUCGACACUCGACGAUACUUGUAUCGUACGUACCAAUACGUAUUCGUACGAUGGAGUUCUAUUUUUUUAAACGAAAACAGGUCCAAAACGAUGACUAGCAAUCUACCUGAAGGCACCAAUACAAGUAGAAACGUUACGGCACAUAAUCUUCAUGAAUUGAAUUGAAUCAAUCCACGAACAAACCCAAACAAUUUCCGAAAUAAUACGAAGAAGUAGUCCUUCUUAGAUUCGUAAUUCGUAAAAGUAAUUCCCUUGACCGCCUCACGAAUUGGGAGCGAGUACUCGAUUACUCGUAUCGAAAUAAAACUCUGUUCCAAGCCCCUCGAGCAUGCAACCAAACAACGACUGUCCACCCACCGUUCUCGAAUACCUUAGCUUCGAAGCGGACGCGACAGCAACAGAAGAACCUAGGAUGAUGAUGACGCCAACGAGACCUCCCCGAAACAGCAGCAGCAAUGGAUCAAACCUCCGUUCGGGAAACGAUUACGGUGAUAGCAACGGAUCGGCGCUGAGCAUGCAGGGGUUCCUGUGGAAACGACGAGACAUUUUUAAGAACCGUUGGCGGCCGAGGUGGUUUGUGCUGCACCCCGACCAGCGCGUGCUGACGUACUACCUCCUGGCAAACCAGGAGGCCGGCGUCGGCCCGCAACAAAUUGUUUCCGGUGGGAGCAGCGGCACCACCACACCCAGGAGGCGGGGUUCGCGCAGCAACAUUCACGGGUCCCCGCUGGACACCCCCCCCGCCACCGACAUUCUCAACAGUGGCAACAACCGCAGGCGGACCUUAUCAGAGUCAUCGGCCAUGUCCACCGGUACGAUCGACUGCGACGUGGUGCCGAGGGGCACGAUUUACCUCCUGGGAUCGACGGUGGAAGCCAACGAAGCCCUGACCAAGCCUCAGGACGGCCUCUAUACACUUACCAUUACCGACCACGAGACCGGAACCCACUCACACCUGGCGGCGAGAGACCCAGAGACACGCGAGGAAUGGAUUCUCCGGAUCCGUCGUGUGUGCCAGAGCGGGACAGCAAGCAAUGCACCGCAGCCGUAUUCACAAGCAACACCGCCACCCGUGCGCCCCGGCCGUGGCAUACGGUCCAACCCACGCUCGAAACGCAAGGACCGAAGACGGAUCCGGAACAGCGUGGACAGCACGUCGGCCGCGACGGGAACCCGAAACGAGCUUCAUGUGGAGGAAGACCCGGUGGCUGCAACGAACGGAUCGAAGCGGGACUUGGAGCCCUUGUUUCGGGACGGUGAGAGCAGUGACGACGCAGCCGACAAAAACCUUAGCACGGCGAUUAGAUUCGUCCGAGAGAACGAAGUCCUCGUCCUCGCCGCGCCUCUUGUUCUGUACAAGGCUCUAAUGCUCUUAUCAUUCGAUCUUCCUGCGGCCCUGUCCUUUGCGGUGACCUCAACACUAGUUGCGAGAUGGGUUCUAAUCUACAAUUUAUCCUCGGUGGUUCGAUUUUUGACCGGCAGCGGGAACACCACCGGCAAUAUGCCGAUCGGUCACGGUUCCGUGUGCUGCCGCUUUGCCGUGCAUCUUGAUUCCACAAAGCCUUCGGCUAUCUCGCACGUUCUGGUCCAAUCGCUGGCCAAGGCGAUCCGUCGGCAACCACUCCUGGCCUCGAAGAAGCUACCGCUUCUCCCGCGCAUCUAUUCCACCGACUUGGUGCUUCUCGACCUUGCAACUACAAGCUCCAACGCCUCCCAGGCAGUGAGGGUGAACAAUGCGGACCAAAAGAGUCUUUCCGAAAUAGGCGAAUCCUUCGCCGACACGGACCAGUUGGAUACGAUGCAGACAAUCCCAAUGAAAUUCUUGGAAAAAAUUGUGGGACCCCCUUGCCGGAUUGUCGUGUCGUCCGAGACCGAUGGGGGUCCGGGUCCAGAGCCGCAGAUCCAGCUCGAUCUGAACCUCACCGAGUGCCCGAUCACGGUCUUGGUUUCCAAGCCACGGACCAGUACCCGGGGAAAAUACGAGGUUCACGUUUCCGUCACCAUUCAGUCGACGGACGUUGGUGCCUGCCAACAAUUUGCCGUGACGUUUGAGCGGCUCCUGGCCGCUUCCGAGCGUUCGAUUUCGCCAAACCAAUAACGCUUUGCCGCGCAACACAUUAUGAACGCAGUGCUAGAUCCGAUGCUGGAUGCCGGUGUAACUUCCAGUCAAAGAGAUGAUCCGAUCUACAAUGCUGCAAAGCUACGAUACUAAUGGAUACACAACGUACCACGCAUGACAUUUUAACGGGACGAUUGUAUCGAAAAAGCCUAUAGCAAUAUAGUUCUACAUCUAUU